UCCACAGAUGCGGGCCGCACGUGUAUCCGAGACAGCCUGCCUCCUGGUCAUCGUCCUCCUGGCCGCUGUGUUCUUCCUCCUGGCCGAAAGCCACGGCACAGAGAGCAGCAGCGUGAGCUCCGACGUCACCUUGCAACAGUGGCACAGCAACGCCUCGUCGGCAGACGGCCGGACGUUCACUAACUCGCAGCGCGCUCUCUGGCCCCUGGCGGCGGCCUCGCAGGUGCUGGCCUUCAACGUGUCCAACUUCGUCGCCGUCAUGUUCCUCAAGGCGCUGCUCGUGGCACUGGGUCUCGCCACGGGAUUCAGCGGAUUCGGCCUCUACACGGCCAGGCGCACCGACCCGCCCGAGUUCGCGCUGCAGUACCGGCCUGGGCCACCGUCGCAAGCGGUGCACGAGCCUCAGGACCACGGACACGUGCGGUGGGCGACCACAUACCUGACUUCCCUGAACACGGGUGACUACCGGUGCCUCAAGAGGAUUGCAUGUGAACAGCCUGAAAGGGCCCGUUUCUAUGCCAGUCUAAAGGACACGAUCGUGGCCGCACUCAGGAUGAUGCCGUGGAUGUUCCCUCACAACCCCAACCACGACAAAAUCACAGAGGAAGUGAGGCUGGCUGCACGCAUGGGAACAAGGUACCAUCAACUCUGCCGCAUCAAGUUCCCAUGCAGAAGCCUCCCAUCACAAAGAUGA